GAUGGGAGCCAGCUGUUAUUUAAGGCUUGGCGCUGCGCUGAAGCGUCCGGUGUGAACCCGGCGUUAGUAAAUAACUCACAAUGCGUUGCUUAGCAUAGGUCACAUACUACGUUGCUCUGAUUGGUUGUAGGUCUAUCCAAUUGAGCGAAGAAGAAUUUUACUUCCUGGUCAGUUGAAACACGCCCCAUAAUCACAGCCCAAUGGAGCGGUCUCAGACUCACAUUCUGACUAGAAUUGUGAGUCUGACAACGUCAGGCUACCACUUAUCUGCUCUCCACGUCACACUCACUUGUCACAUAUUUUUCAGAUUUUAUGCACACUGAUUCAUUGCAUUGCACUUCACAUGUGACAGACACAGCAGAUCACGUUUAUGAAUCUCUGUUUUUGGCUUUUUCUGAUGAUUCUCUGAAAGUGUCCAAUCUUUUUUGGUCUGGUUCCAGAAGUGCAGCUGCCGUCUCACUCACUGACCAGCAGUUGGCACUGUUUCGCGUCUCGAAUUCCAGCCCUCACAUCUCGCUCUCCAAGUCUCAUGAUGACAAGUGGCCAGACUUAAGGCCUUUUCCGUUUUGACGGACACUGACAGAUAGCCUUCUUUGUUGUGGAACGCCUUCUCCGGGCUCCACGGAGAGCUUUUCGUGCAGCUCAGAUUUUUCUAACUACGCGUCGGCAUGGCGGAGAGCCUACGGAUAGCCAUUGGCUGUGAUUGGUCCGCUAACAACUAGGGAUGGGUAUCGUUACGCCUUUCUUAAAUAACGCUUGACGACAUUUAAGAAAGGCUUUUUUUAUUGCCAAAUAUAUGAACUGUUUAAAGUAGAUUAUAAAUAUAAAUAAAUACAAAACACUUAAAACUAUGACUAAUAAAUGAACUGUUAACAAAAGUUUACACUAUACUUAAAUAAAUAAAACAUCAUAACAUAAUCCCCAAGCAAUGUCCCAAACAAAAAGACUGCAGGUGUGGCGUGGUGAGUUGUCGCAAACAAUCCAAACAAAGUCAACGCUGUCCUCACCACCUUCCAAGUGCCCAGAAAUGUUCAGUACUUGCAUUAAUCCAUUAUUGACUCCCAGGCAAUAAUCCCGUUUCGGCGAGAAAAUCCCAUGUAGGUCUUAAUUGAUAACAGGCCAUGUAAACAACAAUAUCCACUCAGACAAGAAGCAGUGGAGGGGAUACGUCCUGUUUUUGAAUCCUUUUUGCAGGCUGGUGUAAUUGUCCCCUGCCCUGAUUCACCGGUCCGCACUCCACUGUUCCCAGUUAAGAAGAUCAGAGACAAAGGUCAACCUACUGAGUGGCGGUUUGUGCAGGAUUUGAAGGCUGUGAAUGACGCUGUAAUUUUUACGAUAGCCUAUUGUUCCCAACUUACGCCUAAUGCAGUGUAGUUUUCGGUUGUAGAUUUAUCCAACGCUUUUUUUAGUGUUCCUGUCCACAAGGACAGCCAGUACUGGUUUGCUAUUUUGAAAACAAGGCCUACAAGUUCAUACGCCUAUGUCAAGGCUAUUGUGAGUCUCCAUUUUCAGGUAGUAAAGUACAACUAGACAAAUACUAGGAAUAAGUAAUAAAUUAUGCCAAAAUGAAAGGAACAGAGAAAGAAAGAAAAAAGAGUCAAUUGAAAUAAAAUAAAAUAAAAGGCAUAAAAACAGAACAGAACUAACAAACAAACAAAACUAACAAACAGGGCGUACAACUCAAGACAAUGAAAUGUAUUGAUGCAUCACUAGUAUACUAAAAACAUUAAAAAAACAAAAGAGUUGAUGGCCUAGUGUGAGUCUCAUAGCUGCUCUAGAUCUCCAUCAAAUUGAGCAAGAUGGUCCAGGAAUGGCUGCCAGAUCUUGUAGAAUUGUUUAAGAUUGUUUGUCAAACUAUAUCGGAUCUUCUCCAUAUGUAAUAGAGAAAAAAGUUCUGAUAGCCACGUCUUGAAGAGUGGCACUGCUUCUGACUUCCACAGCCUUAGAAUCAGUCUCCUUGCAAUUAACAUUCCUGACAUGAUGGUGUGCUGUACUGGAAUACUUCGAGGCAAAAGAGACAGGGAGAAGCCAAACAGUGCCACCUCUGGCUCAGGUUUGAACAUGUCCAGAAAAGGUGGGUUAAGGAUCCGUCAGCAGAUUUACAUCGAUCACACAAAGGAGAGACAGUAGGAUAUAUUCUAUGUAGUUUGGUUUUCGAAUAAUGGAGUCUAUGCGUAACCUUAAACUGGAUUAAGUGAUUUCUGGCAUUAAUAGAACAGUAUUGGAUUCUGCUGAGACCCUCCUGCCAAACAAUGUCAUCAAUCUGGAGACCCAGUUCCUCCUCCCAAGCCUUUUUCAAAGAGUGGGUGGCAUAGUUCACUUGUUCAGAGAAUACCCUGACAAAGCUUGAAAUCAAGCCUUUUGAAUCCGGUGGGCCAAGCCAGAGACUAUAAAUCCUACUUUCGUCAGGGAGAGAUUCAAAUUUAGUCAGGCUUUGGCGGACGUAGUUUCUAAUCUGAAGGUAUCUAAAGAAGUGUGUUGACGGAAGGGAAAACUUGUCUUUUAGUUGAGUAAAUGAGGUAAAAUGUUUGUCAAUGUACAAAUCUUUUAGAACUACGAUGCCUUUUUGUCUCCAACUAUAAAAAGUUGCAUCUGAGAGAGCAGGGGGGAAUGCAUGAUUAUGACACACUGGAGCAUAGAUAGAGGUACCAGGUAACUUGCAGCACUUCUUAAUUUGCUGCCAUAUUUUCAAAGAAUUAAUAAUUAUUCGAUUUUUCAGUUUUGUGAAGGGCAGCCCAGGUGUUGAAAAAAGAAGAGCUGGGAGUGAACUGUCUUUGACAUGUUUCUUUUCAAUGGCUACCCACGCAGGGGUGCUUGUUGAAAUCUCCUGGUUGUAGCCAUCACCCCAGAAUGCAAGAGCUCUAAGAUUUGCCGCCCAGUAGUAAUGCUGGAAGCAUGGCAGCCCAAAUCCACCUUUCUCUCUGGGUUUUUGUAAAUGAGUUUUUGAUAUUCUAUGAGCUUUAAAACCCCAGAUAAAAGGCAUGAUUAUUGAGUCCAGUAACUUAAAGAAUGACUUUGUGAGGAAAAUAGGAAGGUUCUGAAAGAGGUAUAGGAAUCUUGCCAGUGAAACCAUCUUGAUAGCAUUUAUACGACCCACCAUAGAGAGCGGGAGCGUGUGCCACUUGCCAAUAUCUCCUUUUAGUUUUUCCACCUUUUCAUGGAAAUUCAGUUUAAAUAUUAAUUUAGGAUCCUUUGGAAGGGUAACUCCUAGGUACUUCAGCUUGUCUGUAACUUUAAAUGGGAGUUUAUGCAGAAAUUCUGCUUCAUGGUUAUCCCCAAGAGGCAUUAAUUCACUUUUUUGCCAGUUAAUUGUGUAUCCAGAAACUUUCCCAAAUGACUUUAUGAGGUCUAACAGAAUGGGAAUAGACUGUUGAGGCUGUGACAUGAAAAUGGCAACAUCAUCUGCAUAUAGGGAUAGAUGGUGAUCCACAUCUCCCAGGUGAAUGGGUUCAGUAGAGCUGUGCUGCCUGAUACUAAUAGCAAGGGGCUCAAUACAAAUCGCAAAGAGAAGCGGGCUAAGGGGGCAGCCCUGGCGCGUCCCACGAUGUAAUGGAAAUGGAGCUGACCUUUCUUGAUUUGUUAAAAUGGAAGAGGAAGGGUGGGCGUAUAAUAUUUUAAUCCAUGUGACAAAACGGUCACCAAAUCCAAAUUCCUCCAAUACCCUCCACAUAUAUGCCCACUCUAUCUGAUCAAAGCUUUCUCCGCAUCUAAGCAGAGGACUGCCACUUUCUGAUCCUUACUGUAGUUAUGGUACAUUAUGUUCAUUAAUCUUCUAACAUUAAAAAAGGAGAACCUACCAGGAAUGAAACCAGUUUGGUCUGCAUGAAUAAUGGAGGCGAUGUGUUUGCCUAACCUAUUUGCCAUCAAUUUAGAAAAAUUUUCAUAUCAGAGUUCAGCAAUGCAAUUGGACGAUAGGAUGAGGUUUCAAUCUCAUCUCUCCCUUCUUUUGGAAUAAGUGAGAUGUUGGCUUCAUACAAGGAGUUUGGAAAGUUUUGAGUUUCAAAUGAGUGGUUAAACAUCCUGAGCAAGAAUGGAGUCAGCUGUUCAGGGAAUUUCUUAUAUAGUUCGAUUCCAAAACCAUCUGGGCCAGCACUUUUACCAUUGGGAAAGGAUUUUAUAGCAUCCAGAAGCUCUUGAGCAGUAAUGUCAGCGUUAAGCGCUUCACAUGCCUCGUCAUUUAACCUGGGGAGGUUCAGGUUCUUUAGCCACGCAGAGGUGUCCCCUUUAGCUUUGGAUGUAUAUAAUUGUUGAUAAUAUUCCCUGAAGCGCUUGUUUAUAUUGCUGGGGUCAGUGAUAAUGUCCCCAGAUUUUGAUUUGAUUUUAUGUAUAGCUCUGCUAGCCUGCAAACCUCUCAGCUGUCGGGCUAGUAGCUUCUGGGGCUUGUCUCCAAGUUCAAAUUGCUUUUGUUUCAAUUUAAACAGUUGGUCCUGUACCUGGGCAGAUAGUAUAUCGUUAUAUUCAUACCUCAGUUUAAGAAUAUUCUGUAGGGUGACAGGGUCAGCAGAAGAUUUAUAGGCAGUUUCUAGUUGCGUUAGAUCCUUUUCAAUUUCUAAAAGGCGCUUCUUCUUUUUUUUCCUCAUUGAGUUUUCAAAAGAAAUAACGUGUCCUCUAAGCACAGCCUUAAAAGCUUCCCAUAAGGUGGAGUCUGUAACCUCUAGAUUAUCAUUUGUUUCCAAAAAAUCUGAGCUCCUAGCAGAAAUGAACUGAGAAAACGAGGAGUCGGAGAGAAGCGAAGGGUGGAAACGCCAACUAAAGCGCUGUUUCUUAUGGUUGAGGUCAAGCACCAAUGAUAUCGGAGAGUGAUCAGAAAUUAGAAUAUUAUGAUAUGAGGUGGAGAUCACAUUUGAAAUCAAGUUUGAGUCAAGCAAAAAAUAGUCGAUUCUAGAGAAAGAUUUGUGCCUUUGUGAGAAAAAAGAAUAAUCCCUAUGUGUCGGGUGCUGAAGCCUCCAUAUAUCAACUAGAUGUGUGGAUAACAUUAGAUUAUUCAAGGCUGUGGAGGCAGCAGAAGGCCCCAGGUUUGUUUGGGCUGAUCUGUCCAGAAAAUCGUCAAGCACACAGUUGAAGUCGCCACCUAUGAUCACAUGCGUAUCUGAGAGACUGGGCAGUAAAUUGAAGAUCUUACAGAAAAAAUCUGGGUCAUCAGAAUUAGGACCAUAUACAUUUAAAAGUGUGACAUGGUGUGAAUAAAUGUGGCCCGUCACUACAAUAUAUCUGCCAUUUGGGUCACACGUGGUGGAAACAUGUCUAAAUGGGAUAGUUUUGCUAAUCAAAAUAGCCACUCCACGAGCUUUACUGGAGAAUGUAGACUGGAAUAUUUGAUUGACCCAACGGCAUCUAAGCAACUUUGCUCUAGUGGGCUUAAUAUGAGUUUCCUGUAGGAAUAUAAUGUCUGCAGCUAAGGACUUCAAAUGAGAGAAUACUUUUGCCCUUUUAAUUGCAUGCCCUAAUCCACGGACAUUCCAGCUAGUAAAAGUAAUGCCACCACCUCUUAAAGAAAGACUAGGAUGCAUAUCUAAGUACAGUGAUGUGAACAUGUAACGCCCUUGAAACACACUGAUAACCGCAUAAAGGAGAACAACACAAAAAACACACACAUAAAAACUUGCCCCCCCGCCCCACUUUCCCAAACAAAGUGAGAACACGUUCCCCACAAAUAGGCUUAGAGGCUGCCGGACCAUAGGAAAAGAUAGUUUAGCUAAGCUAACAAAAGAGCCCUGUGCUCUCUCCAAAAUUAUUAACAUCAUUUAAACAACGUUCAUGAGAGUGUCCCAACCUGCGUGAUUGCAGGGAAAACAAACCCAAAAAAAGCCACAUAUCGAAAAAUAUAGCCAUCCAAAUCGCAUAUAAUGUUCAGGACAGAGACCCUGCAAACAGCACGGCUUCUUGUGAUGAGGUAAUUACCUGCUCCGAAUUACCCAGGGUAACCCUCAGCCGGGCUGGGUAGAUGAAACCAACCCUCGCACCAGCCUCCUUCAGCCUUUUACGCACAUCAUCAAACGCUUGUCGCUGUUUUAUCACCUCCACUGGCAAAUCGGGGAAGAAAUGGAUCGCCGCUUCGUUGUACUUCAGGGGGAAUUGUUGGCGAGAAAGCUGUAGUAUCUUCUCCUUGAUUUGGAAGUGGUGAAUCCUGGCUAUCAUUGCGCGCGGUCUCGCAUCCUCCACCGCAGACUGCUUCCCUAGACGGUGUGCUCGAUCCAAUAAACUUCUCCAGAAACUCAACAGGGCGAUUUUUCUCGAUCUUUUCAGGUAGGCCAACAAUUUUAAUAUUCUGAUGCCUAGAGCGAGCUUCCAGGUCAAUCACUUUUGAGCGGAGUGCAUGGUUUUCCGUCUGCAUUUGCAUACAGGCUUGUUCAACUUGUGAGAGGCGGAGAUCGUAGCUGGAAUUAGCUUCCUCGAUUUCAGUCAUACGGUUUCCAAGACUCACCAAAGACGCUUGAGUGGAUGCCAGGGUUGCCUCUAAUGUGUCAAAUCGAUCAGUCAUCGUUUUGUUCAUGCUCUCUAUUGCCAGAAGAAUGCUGCUCGACUCUGCAUAAGUGUCCUUGCUAGCCACCUGGUCCGUCAUGACAGGUGCUAGUGCUAGCCCCAGCUCCGGCGAGGGCUGAGUUUUAGUCUUGAUUGGGCUUUUAUCUUGCAGUUUUCCACGGUCAGUUUUCGCUUAUCGCAUCUCCCCGCUUUUAGUUGUUGACUGAAUCAAAAACAGGUCGAGUAAACUGGUGUAUUUUAAAUUAAAUACCGAAUUAUUUUAUAGCAUGGAGAGGAGCUCAAGAGAAACACGUCUACUCCAUCUGGUGCUCACUAGCGCCCCCCCCUUGCAGUAUGUUGAUGAUCUACUAAUUGCCAGUCCCACACAGGAGCAAUGUGAAACAAAUACGAUCGCUUUGCUGAGGCAUCUGGCUCGUGAGGGCCAUAAAGUCAGCCUCAGCUCACUACAGUUUGUACAACAAACUGUCACGUUUCUGGGUCAUGUCGUCACCAAAGAUGGGAAAUCCCUGUCUGAUAAGAGAGUAGAAGCUAUUGUUAACAUGCCAAAACCAUUGAUGAAGAAACAACUCAUGUCAUUCAUCGGCACAUGCUCUUUCUGUAGAACGUUCAUUCCUGACUUUGCUCUUCUUGAAGCCCCCUUAGGUGCUCUGUACCACGGCAAAUCACUCACUCCUCACUAACGUGUCGUUUAGACUCCAGAGGCAGACGAGGCAUUUGUCACACUGAAGAAGACGCUGCAGCAAUCUCCCACUCUUGCUCUCCCUAACCCUGACAGACCUUUGUUCAGGCUGUGGAUGAGAGAGACCGCUGCAUGACUUCCGUCCUCCUUCAGUCUCAAGAACAGAAGACCUCACAUCUCUCUGCUGCUCGCUGGCUGCGGUAUCACACUGUUCUUCAUGACAUGCCCAACAUCACAGUUAAAUGCUGUUCAACUUUGAACCCAGCCACACUUCUUCCGCUUCCAGAUGAUGAGGAAGAACACAACUGUGUGGCUGAACUUCAAGUCCAUUGUUCCCCACGACCUGACCUCUUUGACGAACCUCUUUUUAACUCUGACUUGAUUCUGUAUGUUGAUAGGUCCACCUCACGCGACCCUGUCUCUGGUACUUACUGUGUUGGUUUUUCUGAUUGUUCAGAUAGCGAAGACCUCGUCUCGAGUUCUCUUCCUCAUCACCUCUCAGCACAGGCAGUAGAGUUCAUCGCACUCAUGGAAGCAUGCAAACUGGCUACUGGUAAAACACUCACAGUCUACACUGACUCCAGAUAUGCAUUCGGUGUAACUCAUGAUUUUGGCGCCCUUUGGCAACACAGUAACUUCCUCACAUCCUCUGGUAAAAAGAUAGCACACCAUGGUCUCAUCACAGAUCUUCUAUCUGCCAUUUUGCUCUGAAAAACGGUGGCUGUAUGCAAAUGUGCUGCACACACACGUGCUACGGAUGUGGUGUCUUGGGGAAACGCCAAAGCAGACAAAGCGGCUAAACCUGCAGCUCGCUUACCACCUCCUCUUUCACACACACAAUUGGCUGCACUCACAUCGGACAUGUCCUCCUCUCUCUCUGCAGUACAGUCCACUGCUACUCCUCCUGAGAUCUCCCUAUGGAAGACGUCCGCUGCUAUUUUCCGAGCUGGUGUGUGCUAUGGUCCUGACAACAAACCCUGUUUGCCAAAAUAUUUCUUUCCCCAUAAUGCUAAGUUAUCUCAUGGCAAAGAUCACUUAUCUAAAAUGGGGAUGUUAUCUAUGAUUACAGAACAUUGGUUUACGAAAGGUUCCUCCACCUAUGCUCAAAAAUACUGUCAGGCAUGCGUAAUCUGCGCCACACACAAUGUUGGCAGGCCAGUGGCUGUAACCAGCCAGGCAGCACACCCACCACCUACUCGACCUUUUCAACAUUUGAUGAUGGACAUCAUAGAGCUGUCACCAUCAGAAGCAGUGUUAAUUUUGGCAGCUAUUUUUUAUUUAGUCUUAGUCUUUUGACGAAAAUGCAUAUUAGUUUUAAGUCACAUUUAGUCAUUUUUAUCCUUCUUAGUUUUAGUCUAGUUUUAACCGACGAAAACAAAUUACAUUUUAGUCUAGUUUUAGUCACAUUUAAUAGCCACAUUAAACUCCUUUUCUUCCCUUCUCAGGCCCAGGGACCCUGUAUUGUGUCUAAAACUGCAUACUCGCUUGCAGUACUUUGGUUGUCCAUUGGAUAUCCCUACCAGCAUAGGUCUAAAGCAGAGUAAUUUUUCCCCCUCUUCCCCCAAAUCCAAUUUGUCUGGAGCAACAAAACAUAUUUGAUAACAAAGCUAAUAAAGUUUAAUAUAAAGUUAUACUAUACUAAACUAUAGUUUGUUGCAUUUACGAAAUUAUAGAACGACAAUAAAGAAAACUCUUGACAUUCUAUUGCUAUUUGUACCUGUUACAACAAAGGAAAACACCGAACACUUAUGAAGAGAAGAAAAUACACAGGCAAGUGUCGGCCUACUUUGAAUUAAAUUAAACACAGAACUUUGUAGGGCUAUUUGAGUCCUCCCCGUAUUUGUGGGAAAUGUAUGAAAUAAGAAGUACCCUAUUUUGAAAUAAAUAAAAACAGAUAGCUGCCGCCUAAUAGCUUAAAAAUAUAUAUUUAGUUUUAAAUGUGAAAACAAAAAGUGAGAGCAGGUCAGGCUGGAGGCGAACACAGAAACUGAAACUCUGUACAAACCAACUGCAGCUUCUGCUCUGAUCAAGAAGCUGAGCAGCUGAGACCAGAGAAACUCUGUGUUUUCACUGUUUCCAUAGUUAAGUAGCAGCCGGUGAGUCAGUGAGCGGCUGCUCCACGUGAACGAGCUCUGAUCUCACUGUCUCUGAGCGAGUGAGCGGGGCGGGGGGUGGAGCCUCAGGACCGGUGCGCUAUCUGGGGCACACACACACACACACAGACACACACACUCACUCUCCCGCUCCUGAUACUUCAUGACGGCCUGAUACAAUGAUGUUUAAAAAAAUUAUUGAGACUUAGUCAACCACCAACCUUUUCGUCUCGUCUCGUCUCGUCAACGAAAGUUAAAAUAGAUUUAGUCAUAGUUUUCACACAGGUCUUGCAUGGACAAAAUUCCUGCCUCUGGUGCUGAUGUACAUGAGGAUGAGAAAACGAACCGGGUCUAAUCUUUCACCUUAUGAGAUUCUUUUUGCAACUCCUCCCCACAUUGGUGUGGCAUCUUCCGUCUUCUCCGCUUUCAUCCACAGACUUGUGUGAUGAUGACAUUUUGUCCUAUUGUGCUAACCUAACUUCGUCUCUUUCAGACAGGCGACUUCGUGGUGUUCAAGGACUUCCGGAGAAAGAAUUGGCGCUCACGCAGGUGGCAAGGGCCUUACCAGAUACUGCUCACAACCUACACAGCCGUGAAAGUUGCUGAAAGAGCCACCUGGAUCCACGCCAGCCAUUGCAAACGAGUACCAGCUCCAUCGGACCAGCUGACGCCCUCAACUGAAAGCACUCACACUGAUACACACUGAUAACUACACAAGCGUUCUGCCACAACACAGAAGAAAUUUGCCUGACAACUGAGACGAUGGACAGGCCACGGCCUUGGCAUCCAUUUCGACAUUCAGGGUUGUGUGGCCUCAGAGGCUCACUAUGUGUGUUAUCUAUGAUCUCCUUGAUUGUAGUUUUGCCCAUUAUUUUGUCUAGAAACACUCCUGUAAAAGCCUCUGAUGAUGUUACAGACUUCUCUUUUCCUGCAGUGUCCUUUCAGAACCAUCCAGCACAUGCAGAUUUGACCAGACACAAGAGAAGUGAUUCAGGUCCCCUGGAUCCAUACAGCGCUAAUUGGGCCCCGUCCUGGUUAGAAAGGAACUUAUGGUUUCAGCACAUAAAUUACACUGUUCAUACGUCAUUUGCCUCAUCUUGUUUGGCCUGUCAAGGUUAUAGAACUACGUUAACUCUUGUUUCUUUCCCUGAUAAUUGCACAUGUCAAUUCGAGGGACGGAGGGGCAAACCAGUUUGCCCCCUAGACUGCAUUAUUGUGCGCGCCUCUAGACAAACACGUUGGCACUAUAAUAGCACUCUCUUCAGUAACUGCCCUGACAUAUCACUUAGAACACCAACACCACCGCGGGCAGCCUCAACUAAGAUACUGAUUGCACCUAAUGCGACAUUUACCUGCUUCAAUCGGACCUACGGUAGCAUGAGUGUUGGUGCCACUUCAGUACCCUGUCACAUAAUUCACACCCUCUAUCGACCCAGAUCUGCUAGUAAUCCCCAGUCCUCCAAGGUUGGCCUGGAAAUCGAAGAGGAUGGCAGUUUUGGUAGAAGAUGGAAACGUGAUGCUUUUGAUGCUGGUAUUGAUCCGUAUCCUGAUUUGUAUUGGAUUUGUGAUGAUAUUAGACGUUCCCUCCCUGGUAAUUGGAAUGGUUUGUGUGUUAUAGCCAUGUUAGCUCAGGAAGUUCACAUUAUACCGAUUUCAGAAAAUGUUGUUAGUGAUCUGUCUGUUCUCCCUCCCCAGUCCCGCCACCAUAUCACCAAGCAUGCUGUGGUUCCCUUUGGCAGCUUUGAUAACGCCGUUACCUAAGAUGCCAUUGGUAUGCCCAGAGGCGUUCCUGAUGAAUAUAAGGCUCGCAACGAAAUUGCUAGUGGGUUUGUUCACCUGAUUCCGUUCAUUGGUGCUUCUAUUGAAGUUCAGAAGAACACAGAAUGGAUCAAUUAUAUUUACUACAAUCAGCAAUGUUUCAUUAACCAAACAACUGACGCUAUCAAAGGUCUUGCGGACCAAUUGUCCCCCACUUCCCUUGUGUCCUGGCAAAACAGGAUGGGACUGGAUUUAUUGUUUGCUGAAAGAGGUGGCAUAUGUUUCAUGUUCGGAGACGCUUGUUGUACCUACAUUCCUAACAACACGGCACCUGAUGGUUCUGUCUCCAGAGCCAUUAAUGCCUUAGAAUCCCUUAGUAAAGAAUGGACAGAGAAUUCCGGCGCUGCCCACCCAUUAGAUUGGCAGUCCGUACAGACAUUUUUCGAUAACUGGCAAGGCAUGCUUAUCUCUUUUGUCGCUAUAAUUGCUCUCUUCCUUGGUAUCUUUGCCCUCUGUGGAUGUUGUAUAAUUCCUUGCGUUCGUGGCCUCAUCACCCGUAUAGUUAAUGCAAGUCUAACUAAGACUAUGUUGUCAUAUCAGCCCAUACCCUCCUCUGUCGCUAAUGUUCCUGACUUAUUCCCCAUCCCUACUUACCUGGACACUGAUAGCACAGAUGAUUCUGAUGAUGAUACUCAAAUUUAGUUUUAUUUUACUAUUUUAAUUCUUAAUUUUCUUUUUAUGUUAUUUUCUCCCUCCAUAUUGCUUAUGUGUUUCUUAGUGAUUUCACGAGACAAAAACAGCUACUGCAAUAAUGCUUUCAACUUCAUAUUUUAUGAUGCCUUAAUUUAAAUCUCUGAAUUUUGAAGGUUGAUGUGUUACUUUAUGAAGUUUGUACAUACUUAAUUAUAUAUACAUACAUUCUGUCCGUCCUGGGUGAGGAAUCCCUCACAUGUGGCUCUCUCUAAGGUUUUACCCUGUGAAAAGGGAUUUUGGAUUAGUUUCCGCUUUAUGAGGGUUAAGGGCAGAAGAUGUCACACCAUGUUAAAGGCCUAUGAGACGAAUUGUGAUUUGUGAAUAUGGGCUAUACAAAUGAAAUCUGAUUGUUUGAUUGAUUAAUCAAUUUUACUUCCUGGCUUGAAUUUUAAAAAGGUUUUACUGGAUAUAUUUUCAACCUUAGAUAUACUAUAUAAUGACAUUUAACGUUUUAUUACAUUUUGUUACUUUUGCCAAUCAAUAAAGUAUAUUAGAUUUUGAUAAUGGCUAACGUGAUGAUGAUUUUGUUUGACCUGAUUUUCUUAUAUUUUCAUUGUAAAUGUUUGCUCAAUUACAGGAAAAGGAUUUUUUUUUUUUUCACAAAAACAGCAGUGGCUACUUAUUGUGGCCUCAUCGCCAGUGACUCUGUAUGUAGGAUUGCAUACUCGUCGAUUUUCUUCUAUGAUUUGAUGUUUGUUACUGAUGUUGAUUAUGAUUUUUCUUGAUUAUUUUUCGUUAGUGAUCAUAUUUUUUGAUGAUCAAAGGGGGGAGUGUAAUGGAAAAUAUCACUGACCAGUGUCUAAGGUAUUGGAAAUCCCCUUACUAGUUGUCUCACUGCUGUGAUACUGUCUACCUGACAGGAUGGAACCCUUAUUUGGUGAUGUUUUUCUUCUAACUGGUACCAGGGACGGUAUGGUGAUGUUUUACUUCUAACUGGUACCGGGGAUGAACGAACACAUCUGAUAAGACAUAGAUGAUGAUCUCAUGUCUUUCAAGUCUUUGAUGUCUUCUUUUUUUUAAUAUCAUCUCUCAUGUAACGCCUCUUUGUAUAAGUUCUGGCUUAUGUGACCUAUCAGCCAGUUGUUGUUAUUCCACUUUGAGCGCCUGUGCUUGUUGUAUAAACUCUGCAGAGCUUAUUAUUAUAAAGACUCAAAAGGAA